AUGGCGGACCCCCAGCGCACCGUCAUGAUGGCUCAAAUUGCUGACGCGCACCCCAAGCUGGUCAACCAUGACCUCAAACCCGUCGAGCCCGCCCGCCGCCAGUGGGGCCCGUGGAAUUUCGUGGCCUUUUGGAUCGCCGACUCGUUCAACAUCAACACCUGGAUGAUCUCCUCCUCCAUGAUCGUUGGCGGCCUGUCGUGGUGGCAGGCGUGGUUGUGCGUAUGGAUCGGGUACGCCAUCGCCGGCUGCUUCAUCUGCAUGACGGGUCGCAUCGGCGCCGUCUACCACAUCGGCUUCCCUGUCGUGAGCAGGUCGUCCUUUGGGAUCUGGGGUAGCUUUUGGCCGGUUUUCAACCGCGCUGCGAUGGUCCUUGCCCCUCACCUCCAGGACCGAAACACAAUCCCCAACACCUUUUCCGAAAGCUCGGGAACCACCACCGCCGACUGGGUUUCCUUCUUCAUCUUCUGGUUCUGCUCGCUCCCCGCCAUCUGGUUUCCCGUGCACACGAUCCGCCAUCUCUUCACCGUCAAAUCCUACUUCGUGCCCGUCGCGGGAAUCGCCGACUUGGCCUGGGAAUUCGUCAAGGGCGUCAUGUCGUCCAUCGCCAACUUUGCGACGCUGAUCGUCAACGAUCCGGACUUUACCAGAUUCGCCGCGAAGCCCAAGGAUGCUCUGUGGUCUCAGUUCAUCACGAUCCCCGUAGGAUUUGCCGUCACUUCCUUUAUCGGGAUUGUGGUGUCCUCGGCCUCCGUUUUGAUAUACCCGUCGGAAGAUGGCCCCAUCUGGGAUCCGUUGACCUUGCUCGAGAGGUACAUUGACGACGGCGGCUCCGGCCAGCGCUUCGGUGUGUUUGUUAUUGCCGCCGCCUUCUCGCUUGCCCAAUUGGGCACCAAUAUUGCUGCCAACUCCGUCUCCGCCGGCACGGACAUGACUGCGCUGCUACCCCGAUACCUCAAUAUCCGUCGCGGAGGCUACAUCUGCGCCGCCAUCGGCCUCGCCAUGUGCCCUUACACCCUGCUCACCUCGUCGAAUCAAUUCACUCUCUAUCUUUCGUCCUAUAGCGUGUUUCUCAGCUCCAUCGCGGGCGUGAUGAUCUCGGACUAUUAUCUGGUUCGGAAAGGAUUUCUCGAUGUCCGGGCGCUCUACGACGCACGGAGCACGGGCCCGUAUUUCUUCACGUAUGGCAUUCAUUGGCGUGCUUAUGCGGCGUACAUAUCCGGAAUCCUGAUCAACGUUGUUGGCUUUGCGGGGGCCAUUGGAAGAGACGUGCCAAUUGGCGCAGUCUAUCUGUACAACGUUAACUUUUUUGGCGGUUUCAUUGUGUCGUCCGGGGUCUACUGGGGGCUCUGCACGGCUUUCCCCAUUCCUGCUACCAGCGACAAGUGGAUGGAAGUUGGCAAUGAAAUGGACGAGGUUCACGUGGCGUAUAACUACAGCAGCCAGGACAGGGAUGAAGAGAGCGGAAAGAUGGGGUACGAUGACGAUGCGGGAGAUGGUAUGACCAAGACCAAGGUUCCCUCGUUGUAG